UACCUGUGCUGACGUCAUGCACGCCCGGAGAUGUCGCUUCAACAUGGAGCUGUACAAGCUGUCGGGUCGGGUGUCGGGUGGGGUGUGCCUCAAGUGUCGUCACUUCACUGCCGGCCGACACUGCCACUACUGCAAGGAAGGCUACUACCGCGAUCCCACCAAGCCCAUCACACACCGCAAGGCUUGCAAAGCAUGCGACUGCCACCCAAUCGGCGCCUCAGGCAAGACGUGCAACCAGACGAGUGGCCAGUGCCCCUGCAAGGAUGGCGUAACAGGAAUCACCUGCAACCGCUGUGCAAAAGGAUACCAGCAGAGUCGUAGUCAUAUUGCACCCUGUAUCAAGAUACCAAAGAUUUCGGUGAACCAGAUGUCAGCUGAUGCAGGGGAUGAUCAUGGCCAACCCGAUCCCGAUGCCAACCCCAAGGAAGAAUGUGGAAAAUGUCGCGCUGGAACAAAGAGACUCAACAUGAACAAGUUUUGCAAGAGGGAUUAUGCGAUCCUAGGCAAAGUGAUGGACCGUGAGAUCAUUGACGACUGGUCUCGCUUCACGAUGUCCAUCCAGUCCAUCUACAAGAAGGCAGGUGAUUCGCGUCUGCGCAGAAGUGGCACCACGCACGUCUGGGUCACCAAUCGCGAUCUCGCCUGCAAGUGUCCCAAAAUCAAGUCCAACAAAUCGUACCUGAUCCUGGGCAAAGAACGGGAAGGACAAGCGGACGGCCCCGGACCAGGACUAAUGAUGACUCAGCGCUCCAUUGUGAUCGAGUGGAAGGAUGACUGGCACAGCAGAAUGCGUCGAUUCCAGCGCCGCAGCCGUCAGUGUGACUAGAGUCCCUAUCACUAGAGUCCUGACUAGAGUCGCAAUCACUCCUGUCCGGACUCAAGCCGAAGCUAGAGUCGCAAUGACUCCUGUCCAGACUCAAGUCGAAUCUAGGAUUGAUGUGACUCCUGUCUGGACUGAAGUCGGAACCAGAGUUGCUAUGACUCUAGUCCUGUCUCCUUGACUAGGAUAUUCGUGGCUCCAGUCUCAACUCGAAAUCUAAAGUAUUCCUAGAAUCAGGACUAGAGUCGACUAGACUAAGUUGUACUAGAGUCGACUGUAUUAGAGUCGGGAAUAAAAUCUGGACUGGAGUGUAUUCACAGAGAGAUUCGCGAUAUUUAGUCAGCAUGUGAUUAACAAGGUUUUUAGUCCUUUUCUGUCAUUAUCUUUACACAAAACAGACAGCUCUAUCAUUCCCCAACUUCGCACUGGUUUUAGAUUGUUCCUUAUGAAUUGGUUUUAAAUUGUUUAGAAAUAUGAUGAACUAGAAACAUAAUUAUUUCAUCUCAAUCAUGAGGAUUUCUUUAGGAAAAAAAACAAUUUUUUUUUGAAAAAAAGAAAAAUUGUGAGAUAGAAUUGAUUAUUCUAAAAAAUAACCAACAAUUUGUAAUAAGUUUAUAUCGGAUCAGACUCACUGGGAUAACAUAAUGAAUAACAUAUUUCUACUAUAUUACAGAAAAUGGUUGAAAUUGAAAAUUUGCUGAAUAUCUAUACAGAUCCAAAAUCUACAAUCAAGAAUUCAAUCUAACAUGACAGGUCCUGUUAUCCUGUAUUAAUGUUCUAGCUUGUUUACAGUCACUACUAAUAGUGAAAAUCAGGCUUUAUUCCAGUAAUAAUAAAAUAUAUUAUAAAUAAUAGUAAAAUCCUUGCAAUGAGUUGAGUAAGAGGAACGUAGAGCUAUCUGUCCAGAUAAGAAAAGCAGACAUCAGUUAUUAAAGCAAUGCUUACAAUAUAAAGUGAAACUCACUGUAGGUAUCAUAAUUCUCUACACGACUUGAGUUAACAGUAGAGUCCAGACUAGAUUCGAGUCCUGACUGGAGCUCCGAAUAUAAUCCUGAGUCCGGACUAGAGUCACAUUUUC